AUGUUUAAGCGCCAAGGCAAGGAAACUGCCUACAAAGUGCUGAAGAAGGUUGGGCAAGGCACCUUUGGAAAGGUGUAUUUAGGAAAAGACCUGGCCACAAACAAAAAAGUGGCGCUCAAGAAGAUACGGGUGACAAACGAGGUGGACGGAGUUCCCGUCACGCUUAUUCGGGAAAUAUCUAUACUCCGGGCACUGCGCCACAAGAAUAUAAUAAGCACGCUGGGAAGCUACGUGAAGGACGAGGAAAGUGUGCACAGCAUGAAGACGACAUGGUACAGCGUGUUUAUUGUGUUUCCGUUUAUGGAGACGGAUUUGUCGCAUCUUAUAAAAAACACAAUAAUCCCGAUUGAGGACAUGAUGAGCUACACCAAGCAGAUUCUGCAAGGCCUGCGGUACAUACACGCGAGGAACAUCAUCCACCGAGACAUAAAGCCGUCUAACAUCCUUAUUGGCCCGAACAAAACAGUCAAAAUUGCCGACUUUGGCCUGUCCAGGACUUUUGUAAACACAUACAUGACGCGGGGGGUGGUUUCCCGGUGGUACCGGGCGCCGGAACUGCUGCUGGGCUCUGCCUCCUACGGAAAGUCGAUUGAUAUGUGGUCGUGCGGGUGCAUCGUUGGGGAAAUGCUUUUGAGAAAGCCGCUGUUCAUUUCAGAGUCUGAUGCAGGACAGCUGAGCGCGAUUUCCAUUGUGUGCGGAGAAAUAGACCCGUCCAUGUUUGACGAAUCAGUCCACUCCGAAAACCUGAGCCUGUCCGUCAUAGGCAAGGGAGAGGAGUCAAAAAUCCUGCGGACGUUUUCAAGCUGCAGCAAGACUCUCGCGCACCUUGUUGACCAAAUGCUUCAAAUCGACCCUAGCAGGCGGAUCACUGCAAAGGCCUCUCUUGCCAUCCUCAAGGAGUCCCUGCAGGAGUAG